AUCUUACCACAGAACUUAGAAGCAGAAAAUAUGGCGAAUCUAAAAGUUGUUAGGUUGCUCGAAGCUUGCAACAAACAAAAUAAAGUUAAUUUCAUAAAUAUAAUAACAAGAAAUGUAGAAAGUAAAGCUCCGGCUACUGCUAAGCAAGUAACUCAUACUGGUCAGGUGUUUGAUGACGAUGAUUAUCGCAAUGUAAGAUUCAUAAAUAGACAAAAGGAAGUUAAUGAGAACUGGGCUAUUAAAUUAAUAGACGAAGUUCCUCCUGAACCUGCAAAGGACAGAAUUGUAUCUUGUAAUGGUGGUGGUGGACCCUUGGGACAUCCAAAAGUUUAUAUUAACUUGGAUAAGCCUGGUAACCAUACUUGUGGAUAUUGUGGCUUAAGAUUUUACAAAGAAGAUCAUCAUUAGUGAAUAAUAUGGUACAUACAGGUUGUUAAGUAGUAAAUUAUAAAAAUAUUUUUAAAAAUAUUAUAAUAUAUAAUGGAAAUAUAAAAAGAUAAAGUUCUCCUUUGAA